UAACGAUUUUGCUUCUCAGUAUCGUAAACAUCACACGUAAAUAAUGGUUUCAAAAAUUGUAAAACUAAAACUGACUAAGCUAAAAAUUCUGUAAAAAAUAUAUAUAUAAUUAUAUAUUAAUUUUCGGUUGAGAAGUGGAAGAAACUCUGAAAGGAUAAUGGAUUUGCAAGUGUCGGAUUGACCUGGACCAGGGCAGGCUAUCAAGCCCAUAAAAACCCUAAAAUGAAGUGCAGUUAUAAAAGAAAACCCUAAAAUAGUGAGGGGAAGUCGUGGCUUUUAUUUUAUCUAUACCUAUUAUCUCUCCAUCGGCGUUUGCAGACCGGAGGUGGGUGAUUUUCAGUCUGUUUAAUUUGUUUGCCUCAGUGUUGAACUAUGUUAGGCUUAGAAGAGAAAGAGAUGAUGAUGAAGAAGGUGAGGAAGGCGACGCCAGAGUUGGCGACCUCUAAAACGAUCGUGUGGUGGGACAUGGACAGCUGUCCGCUCCCAAAUGGUUAUGAGCCAAGUCGAGUCGGUCCGAGAAUAGACACGGAGUUGAAGAAUCAAGGUUACAAUGGUCCGCUCACCAUAAUUGGCAUUGGUAACCUGGAAGGAGUCCCUCAUGACUUUCUGAAAGCGCUCUCUUCCGGUGGAGUCGUUAUUAAACAGCUUCCACUAGGAUCCGACAUGAUGAGCUGUGUGCGCCGUGCUUUGUUUUCGAGAGAACCUCGUUUUGAACCUCCCUUGUCAAUGAUGCUCAUAACUGCCGUCCAUGCCGAGCUAUUGGAAGAUGUCAUUUGCGUGUUUUUUAAUCGUGGCCCCCGUUACAAUCUUCUGCUGGCUUUUACAGCCGUUACCGAACAUGCAGACCCAGAGCCUCCAACCCUACUAGUCGACAACUUUGGUGGAGAGUGGGUCUGGGAUAGGCUUGGCUUACUGAAAGAUCCAGGGUCUCCCAACUAUGAUACCAGAAGACAGGACACAGGCUGUGAAUCGCAUUGUUGCGGAUUAUGCGACGAUUUUUCUUCCGACAGCUUUGAUGAUUUCAAAGCCCACCUCGACAGUCCCCAACAUGCAGAUAAGAUGCAUGAGUAUCUUAGUUACCUUGCGGGAAGGUUUAAUCGGGUCUUAGAAAAUUUUGAGUCCGCCGUUAGGCUUCAAGAGUCUUAUCUUGCAAAAGUGGAGGCAAAAAGGCGAGAGUUUGUAACGUGGUUCGGCUUGUAUGAUUCUGAUGAUGAGGAUGAUACUCCCAAGCCUCAGAAGGCAAUCCAAAAGGAGCCGCUUGACGAAGCCUAACUUGGCAAGUUUUUUUCUUAACCAAACAUUCUUUACUUUCAAAAUCAAAACCUGAUUUCUCAUUAACAACUGUAUGAUUGCAGGGGAAAAAAUUCAAGGCCGCCUUUCUUUGCAAGGCUUCCUCUCUUAAGAAGAACGCUACUGCCAAGCCCAAGAAGCCAUCAAAGGCAAGUUUUUCUAACAAAUCUACUGAUUUCUCAUUAACGACUUUGACUUGCAAAGACAUUUUACAUCUCUUUUUUCCCUUGGUUGUUUGCAGUCAAAAAAGUUGGCUAUUGCAGAAGAAGCUGAGUGUUCCCUUCCAAAGAAUGCUGCUACUACCAUGUCCUCUUAAACAUUUUCCUGCCUUGUCUCUUUGUUGUUGUAAAUACUUUGCUUCCAUCCGUAUUACUGCAUUGUUUAUUUGCUUCCAUAUAUAAAAUUUUAAUGGGUUCGCGAAUUGGGCUUUUGCCCGACAUAAUACAGUAAAUUAAAGAAUAAUGGUCAAAAAAUUGUAUAAAAGGGCUUCGAACCAGAGAAAAGGUGGGGUCAAUGAACUAAAAACAGACCAAACAAGCCGACGAACUUUCAGCCAACAACAUGGUUGCGAUAUAUAUAUUUAACCUCCGUAUCCGCCUCUGAAGCUAUAAGAAGAGGUGAUAACAAUGUUUGCAUACCUGAUCCGGAUUGGCCGUUGAUUCAUUACGUACUGCUUAUAAAAAAAAAAGAUAAUAAGCCCAUAGAAAGUUUAUAUAAAGUUAAGUUUUAAGAAACCCUAAAUGGUACGUACUGCUUAUAUAUCUACCAAGAGUCGGUCCUAGGAAUCUUUGGGCUACAAGCCAAAUAAUUUUUUUUGGCCUGUUAAAUAUUAGAAAUAAAAAAAAAUUGUAAAAAAUGUAGACAGAAGAUCUCGAACCCAUGACCUUGUCAAGGUAACUAUAGCACCAUCACCAAAUUAGCUGAAGAAACGUUCAACAAAAAUGCGGCCGGCAUUUUUGAUAAUAUCUCACUGCCGGAAGCACGUGCUUUGUACGCUUCCGUUAAGGGUCGGCUCUGUAUCUACCUCUGUCGGCGUUUCAAAUCCAACGUUUCAAACCUUAAAGUGAUGAUUGUUUGCAUGGUUUUUAUAUUUUAGUUUUUGGUUUUUGAAUUUUAGUUUUUAGUUUUUAGAUUUUGGUUUUAGUUUUUAGUUUUUGAAUUUUCUGUAGAUUUUAGUUUUUCAAAAAGCUUGAUUGGUGACAUUAGAUUUGGUUUUUGUGUUUUUGAACUAAAAUAUAUUAUAAAUAUAAAAAAUUUCUUCUAAACACCAUUAAAAACAAAAAAAUUAUUAUCACUAAAAUAAAUAAACUUAUAUUAAAAGUUUAUAAAAUAUAUUAUCGAAUAAAAACUAAUGGCUAUAUUUAAAAUAACUUUAAUUAUAUAUCUUCAAAACAAUUAAUAGCUAAUAUAGUAAAAAAAAUAAAAAAAAAUUAAAUUUAAAAUAUGGUAAAAAUAGAAUGACUAUUUAAUAAAUGUAUAAUUCUUAUAAUUAGCAGUUAUAAUUAAUUUAAUAGUAUGAAAUAUUAUUUACAUAAUUAUAAAACUAAUUUAGCUAAACAAAACUCCAAUAACUUCAUUUUAAAAAAAUAUUUUUGUGGAACUCGAAACUACAUGAAUAUAAUCAUCCACCAUUUUUCAUUCUGAAUAAAUUAUAAUUUUAUUUUUCAUAUUUUUCAUUUUAGUGAUUUAUUGGAUAGUUUAAUUGAUAACAUAAUGGUAAACAAAUGUGUGGGAGUUGAGAAAGGAGAUAAACAUGGAAUAACUAUAAAAAAAAAAUAAGAAAAAAAAGAUUGUAAAAGAAAAUCUAAUUAUAUAAAAAAAUGUUGGAGUCUCUCCUGCUUUGCCACGUCAGAAAGUCGAAGUCCAUAGUGUUGACACGUGUCCGCGUACGCAGCGUUUCAUUAAACGUAAAUACAAUUUGUUUGGGCUUUUAUUAUAUCUGGGCUUUCAUGUUGUACGUAUAAACCCAAGUAUGUUUCCAGUUUUAUGUCUGCGUAAGAAGACGUCACUGCCGCGUCGAUCCAAGUACAGGCCACCGCCUCUUACCAGAAGAGGUGUACCGGUCUAAGCUUUCAUUGGAUCUCCGUCAUCUACGUUCUCAUUCACUCCAUUAAACCACCACCUUCAUUAACUCGCAUUCAAUAGCACCUUCACCCUCCUCGAUGGUUACAAAAGUUAUUCUAUAAAUAAUGAGGUAAGCUUCGCCGAAAUUCAUCAAUCAUCAUAAUACUUUGCUUCAGUAUGGAGAUUUCUUCAUAGAAAUAAUUGUUGUUAUUAGUCUCUCUGUUUUAUUCCCUCUUCUCUCCUCAUACGUUCAUCAUUACAUUACUUCGUUCGUCCCACACUUUCAAAAUUUUAGGAUCUAUCUUUGAAGUGGUAAUCAAAGUUGAAAAUUUGAUUAACGGAUCAAAUACAAAACCAGGAGAAGUAGCUUGGAAGAAAGAAAGGAGUAUGAAUUAGAGGGAGAAGAAACUGAGACAGAGCAUCAGCAAUUCGGAUGGAAUUAAGACCAAACGUUUUUUUUUUGUUCUCAAAAGUAGUCAAGGUUGUUAUUAUUAUGUUGCUGUAUCAAUGGCGAGUUAUACGAUGGUCUUUGGUGGUCUUUGUGGACUAAGUUAAGAAUAACGCUUCUGUUGGUGUGUUAA